AUGUCGACCAUCGCUCUCGAGACGCCCCUGGCCGAGACCCUCAGCAAUGCAGUGCACUCGAAAAUUGUCGAAGAAGGUUGGACCCAAGAGGAUGAUACCUCGUUAGCCGAGUACAUCGUGCUCAUGCUUGCAAAUGGCAAGACUCAAGACCAGAUCGCGUCAGAGCUUGCGGGCGAGUUACUCCAAGAUGCGAAGGGCACGACAGAGUUUGCACAGUGGCUGUUCGACCAGGUCAAUAUCCUUUCCACUGGUGCGACAUCCUCGGUCCCUGCAGAAACAUCACAGUUGUCGGGCCAAACGGGUCAGGCUCUGGCGUCAGAACCGGCGUCUGGCAACUCGACCGAAAACGGAAACUCUGCCAUCCCCGCGGCUUACGACCAGGAUAUGGCUGAUAAUGCCCCCGAAAAUGCACCUCGAGGACCAAAAGGUUUGCACGGGGGUAGGCCAUCCGGCAGAGGCGGACGAGGCGGCGGAAACAACAAGACCGGCGAAUCAGCGCUACAUCGAGUCCGCGGCAACGACCGCAUCAACACACAUUCAAAUACACACGCACGCGGCACACCCAAAGGACCCCGCAACGUGCAGAACCGUGAUCUGCGUCCUGGCAUGCAGAAAGCCUUGAACAACAUGCCCAUGUCGGGCCCUCACCAAGGAAUGCAGAAUCCGAUGAUGAUGAAUGGUGGGCAACCGGGCCAACCCAUGAUGCAGAUGAGCCCACAACAACAAUUGGAGUUUAUGGCGAUGAUGGAACAACAGACUCGAAUGCUGGCGCAAAUGACGGGCAUGAUGCCCGGUGCAGGCAACUCCUUCCAACCGGGCGGGAUUCAACAGAACGGCCAAGGUCGGUCAUUGUUUGAUAGGGUGGAGCCAGGCCGCGGUCGUGGAGGCAUUCGAGGGCGCGGACGUGGCGGCAGCCAUCAAAACGGGCACAUCAAGGGUGCAGCCAAAUCAAACGAGCAAGAGGCUGCGACGGAAGGCGACGGACAGAGCUCUGAAGUCGGAGCGUCCGCUAUGGAGGUCGAGCAGCCUGGUCUUGGAGAACGAAAGCCUCAAGACCCGGCGAACACCAUGUGCCACUUCAACCUGCGGUGCACGAACAAAGACUGCCCCUACGUCCAUCAAUCGCCUGCAGCACCCGAAGGUACAGUGGUCGACAUGGCCGAUACAUGCAGCUUCGGGGCGGCGUGCAAGAAUGUCAAGUGUGUGGGGAAGCAUCCAUCACCGGGCCAGGUCAGGGCGUUUCAGGCCCAAGAGCUCUGCAAAUUCUUCCCCAACUGCACGAAACCGAAUUGUCCGUUCAAGCACCCGACCAUGCCGGUGUGCCGGUUUGGAGCCAACUGCAAGACGCCGAACUGUCAAUUCACCCAUCUCCAGACUCCGUGCCGCUACAACCCGUGCACGAAUCUACGAUGUCCUUACAAGCAUGAGGCGGGCCAGCAGAAGGUCAACAACUUUUCGGAUUAUUCGUGGACGCCUGAUAAGCAAGCCGAUCCAAAUGCCGGCAAAGAGCAUGUUAGUGACCGCAGAUUUGUCGACGAGCAGGCCGGGGAGGAGGAGCUGAUUAAGCCGGAAGGUGGCGGCGCCGACGUCGACACGACUGGCAAUACGAACAUGACACAGGAGGUGAUUACCUGA